AUGGGGCCAUUUAGUGAUAAAAUUGUCAACCUUACCAACCUUGCUAUCCUUGACCUCUCCUUUAAUCAUUUUGGCGGUGAGCUUCAUCUCAAUUUGGGGAAGCUCUCCGAGUUGAAGUUUGUGACCUUUGAUUUCAACAAUUUAGAAGGUGAUUUGCCCCCAUCUUUGAUGAAUUGCACAAACCUUGUAGAACUGCGUCUGGGAAACAACAACUUGAGAGGAGAUAUCUCCUUGCUUGAUUUCUCAGGACUAAGUCAACUUACUAAACUUGACCUAAGGAUCAAUAACUUCACUAGUACGGUUCCAGUAAGCCUUUACUCAUGUAGGUCCCUAAAAGCCAUUCAGUUGACUUGGAAUCAUCUAAAGGGUCAAAUACAAGUUGAGAUUAUUUCAUUGAAAUCCUUGUCUUUCCUCUCACUUGGUUACAACCAAUUCACCAACCUUACAGGGGCAAUGAAGAUAUUGAUGAGUUGCAGAAGUCUUCACGCACUCUUGCUUAGUGGUUCCUUUGUGGGUGAGGGAAUGCCAUCUGAUGAUGACAUGGUUGAUUUUGAUGGAUUCCAAAAUCUUCGGCUCUUGGGUUUGGUUCUUUCUGACCUCACCGGUCAAAUACCUUUAUGGUUAUCAAAGCUCAAGAAUCUAGAGAUAUUGGCUCUGGGUUUUAAUCAAAUCACAGGGCCAAUUCCAAGUUGGUUGGGGACUCUUCCUAGACUGUUUUAUAUAAGCUUGUCACACAACCAAAUUUCAAGUGAAUUUCCACAGCAACUUUUUCGACUACCAAGGUUUCUGUAUGAACCAAUGACAUCUCAAGUAGACAAAUAUGAAUUUGAAUUUCCUGGAACCAAUUGUGUCUCAAGGAGACAAAUAUGA